CAGCCGGCCCUGCCCUGCCCGGCGCGGGCGGCGCGAUGUGAGUCGACCGAGGGCCCGAGAGUCCCCCUGGCACGCCAGCUCCGCGCAGCGCCGGCGCCAGCAGGCGCUAGGAACAUUUUGUGCUGACUGAAGGUGAGGACGGCCACUCAACUCACAUCAGCGUCUCCACUGCCCGGCACACAGAACCUUUGGGUACAGUCUAUCCAGGCCUGAAUGCCUUGUCCUGGGCCUAUACCUCCUCCAGGGCUGUCUGUAAGGCUCCCUCCUGCCUGGUCGUCUGGGGUGUGCCACAUCCACUUAGGCCAGACGGGCUGGCGGAGCUGGAAGGCCUUAGGACCAUCUGCCCUAACGCAUUUGACAGCCCUCCUACAGACGCCGGGCUCCAGGACAAGAUGGCAGCCAAGCAGCCCCCACCUCUCAUGAAGAAGCACAGCCAGACGGACCUCGUGAGCCGCCUGAAGACCCGGAAGAUCCUCGGCGUGGGCGGGGAGGAUGACGACGGGGAGGUCCACCGCUCCAAGAUCAGCCAGGUCUUGGGCAAUGAGAUGAAGUUUGCUGUUCGGGAGCCUUUGGGCCUAAGGGUCUGGCAGCUUGUCUCUGCUGUGCUCUUCUCUGGCAUUGCCAUCAUGGCCCUCACCUUUCCUGACCAGCUCUAUGAUGCAGUGUUUGAUGGAGUGCAGGUGACCAGCAAGACCCCCAUCCGCCUCUAUGGCGGCGCCCUCCUCAGCAUCUCCCUGAUCAUGUGGAACGCUCUCUACACGGCUGAGAAGGUCAUCAUCCGAUGGACCCUGCUCACCGAAGCCUGCUACUUCUCGGUCCAGUUCUUGGUGGUCACUGCCACACUCGCCGAGACGGGCCUCGUGUCCCUAGGGAUCCUGCUGCUCCUGGCCAGCCGCCUCCUUUUUGUCGCCAUCAGCGUUUACUACUAUUACCAAGUCGGCCGAAAACCCAAGAAAGUGUAGCCGCCCGCCGGGCCAGGGGCCCCUCUGGGGCAGGGAGGCCUGGGGACCUCGGUUUCCCUUUGGUUCCAGAAGGCAGGAAGGACCCUGCCCCAGGCAGGCAGGAGUGGCCGCCUUCCUCUCCUCCUGGGCACUCCCCGAACGCUGUGAUCUCCUGGG